AUGUUCGCCUGGUACGGCACUGUCAAGGAUCUCAUUCAUCAAGUUCAUGACACGGAUGUCUUGGACAAGUUGUGCAUGACGCUGCAGCACCUCGGCAGUCAGCCAGCGGUGGGGGACAUGGGGCCAUCAGCGCAGGAGCAGUAUGACGCGCUGCAAACCCUGCGGUCCUACACCCUGGAACUGGCAGCAUGUCACGCGUGGAAUCACGCGAUCUACACAGUAUGUUUGCCAUAUCUGUUCUGUUGCAUUCAUCACCAAGAUCGUGACCAGCGCCGAGUUGGAAUGCAACGCAUCCAAGAGGUUUGGCAAAGCGUCUUGCGCGCCGAGGCUUGGGAAUCGGAUGAAACGCUUCCCCCAGCAAUCAAAAAGGCACUCCGUCAGUUGAUGAGCGACCUAGCUUGGAACAAAGCCCAGCUAGCCCGUGAGAUUUAUGAAAGCUGCCGGCGGGAAAACUGGGCAUUCGACUCGGAUGAGCUGCGUGAAUUCUCCUUCCUGGUGUUUGCGACUCCAGCAAACACCAAAUUUUAUUUAGAAGAUUGCUUUGCUCAUCUGGCGGACAUCACCAAGCGCUUCGCCCGCCACCACAAGCUCACAAAAUGGCUCAAGUAUUUCUACAUGAACACUGUCCCGUCUCACGACGACCUGGAGUGGGACAAGUUGGAGCCAAGCUACCGUGAUUUCCUUGGUGCGAUCAAUCGACGUGCUAAAUUGUGCCGGGCAGCUUGUGCGCAGGACAUGGCAUCCAACAGCCGGGUGUUCUCGAUGACAGAGAAGUUCACCUUGCCACAGGCCCUGAAUUUCACACCCUCGAACCUGAAGAAGACUGAAAAGAACGCCGGCCCACACAGCAACCAGGUUAUGACGGCGGCAACUGCUUUCCUCAUGAACAUCAGACAGCCCACUGAUGGAAUAGAAAAAGCAUGGGCAGGUGUGUUCCUGCAGAAAGGCUUCGUGUUUGAAAAGGUGGGCCAAGGCCUUCAUUGCCUGUCGCUGGGAUUCCGAAAAUGGGCCGCUCUCGGCGUCCCCAUGAUGAAGCUACGUGAUGGGGACAAGGAGUACUUGGCCCUGGAUCCCAGGGCAUCCGAGCCAGUUUGGAUGGUGAGCACGGAAUUCCAAGGGGAGACAGAGUGGCAGCGAAUCCCAACUCAGUUGUUGCUUCCCUGCUUUGUACCCCCGACCAUCAGCCGGCUGGGAUCUGUCUGGGAAGUCACCGGAGGUCGCCAGCCGUUGUUGAAAUCAGCGGUGCGAGAAGGCUGUCAACUCGACAAUUCCCAGCUCCAGCAACUUCAUGAGAUUCUCAAACUACCUUUGCCCGCAAAGGGCCAAGGCUCCGGAAAGACAGGCAACAUUGUGAAAGUCGACGUUGCCCGAGCACUGAUACAACACCUAUUUCCUGAAGCAGAGUGCCCCGACAUCUCCGAGAAGGAUCGGCAGCUUAUGCUAGAUUCGAUCAUGGGAGGCACAGGCUACAAGAAGCAGUCGGUACGGUGCCCGGACGACGUCCUCCAGGCAAUUCAGAAUCUGGGCGACGAUGCAGAGCAGGACUUCAAGUUUGUGCGCGAUGUCGCAUUGAACCAGAAGCACAUGGAGGCUCAGGUCAAGAAAGAUGCUGAGAAGUCCGCAAAGCGGGCUCCGGCUGAGGCCGAAGAUGCGUACACGAGGCGCACCUACACUCCGGAUGAGAUCAAGCAGUUGCUCCCACCUCGUGCGUGGUGCAACCGACAGCCG